AACGCCGGGUGAGAGCCUGGGUCAACAAGGAGGAGGCGUCUCUCUCUCUCCAGUCGGCGGCGCGUUGCUCCUCGCUCUGCUAUCAGUCCGACUCUCACAGUUCACCUGAGGCAGGUACGCGCAGGAGCCGGAAGAAGAAGCCGCAGCUCCAGCGACGGUCUGGUUUCCUCGAGACGAAACCUCGGUGUUUAUCGAUGAAAGAUGACGGAGCAACGGAACAAAGUGCUGCUGGUGGUGGUGGAUGUGCUGUGCGUGUUCGUGGCUGCUCUGCCCUCCGCCAUCCUGACGCUGACGUUCCGUCCGUACCAGCGAGCCAUCGACUGUGACGACGAGAGCAUCAAGCAGCCCUACAGACGAGACACCAUCUCCCACGGGACCAUGGCGGCCGUGACCAUCUCCUGCUCCAUCCUCAUCAUUACCACCGGAGAGGCCUACCUGGUCCACACCAAGCGCCUGCGCUCCAACUCCCACUUCAACCAGUACCUGUCGGCGCUUUACAAGAUCGUGGGCACCUAUCUGUUCGGGGCCGCGGUCAGUCAGUCGCUCACCGACCUGGCCAAGUUCACCAUCGGACGGCCACGUCCCAACUUCCUGGCAGUGUGCGCUCCGGCCGUGUGCAACGGCUACAUGCUGCAGAUCAACUGCACUGGCAACCCACGCAACGUGACGGAGUCCAGGUUGUCGUUCUACUCUGGACACUCGUCCUUCGGGAUGUACUGCAUGCUCUUUUUGUCGUUCUACAUUCAGGCCCGGAUGCAGGGGAAGUGGACCCGCCUGGUCCGGCCCACAAUCCAGUUCUUCCUGGUGGCGUUCUCUCUCUACGUGGGCUACACCCGAGUGUCUGACAACAAGCACCACUGGGGCGACGUGCUGGUGGGGCUUCUGCAGGGGGCGCUCAUCGCCGUGCUAACGGUGAGGUAUGUGUCCGACUUCUUCAAGCAGCGCCCGCCGCCGUGCACGCAAGUCGACGAGGCCGAGGUGGAGACCCUGGAGCGGAAACCCAACCCACACCCUCCGGACUCGCAGCGCAGUAACCACUACAACUACUCCGGACCUGUAUGAGAACAGGGCACAGAUGCCGAGACCACUUGGACUGCCAGAAACUUUCAGAUUUGUAGGACUCGCCCGGACCCUCGGAGCUGCGAGUGACUCACCACCAGUGCAAUGAUGUUUUGUGUUAUUCAGUGAUCCUUAGAUGGAACGUGCUUCCAGACAUGCUGUGACUAACCCACACUCUCCUCACAGAUAUUCACUCCUUACACUGGACCUUCACUGGCCGCCAGAUUAACCACUCACCUGUCAUGUUUUUAAGAAAUGGCACCACUUUUAUAUAACAAUGUUUUUUACCGGACAAGGACUGAUGGAGCCUAACAGGAGCUCAUAUUGAUGCCUUCCCCUGAGGCUACCAGAACCACUGGACUCUCUAGAGCUCCAAUCGUCUUUUUUUUUUAAAUAAAACAUCUAACUACUCA